GAUAUAAAAUAACACGAUUGGUAUGUAAGUAUAUGCCCUCUAGCUUUUAUCCAUUCCAAAACAUAACAAAAUAGCAAAAUCGAUACAGGGGCCAAACUAAGAAGGAAAGAAGAGAAGUAGAGAGCGAGGGAGGGAGAGGGGGAGGGGUUGCCCAUAUAGCUGCUGAUCGAUGGCGUCAAGGAAGGCCUUCCUCGUGAAACCAGGUUCUAUUUUUGCAACCACCUCGAACACCCAUUUUCAUCCAGAUUCCACAGAGGCCGUUUCGGAAUUCGAUGAAGCUGAGUUAUGGAACUCGUCAAGUAACGCCAGCCCUGUAAGAGAGGCCAGCAGGGAGGUUGAUGCAGGUGGCAGGCGAAGAUCACCGGCGACGUCUGGGUCGUUGCCCGUCAACAUACCUGACCGGCCCAAGAUUUUAAAGGGCAAUCGCGAGAGGGAGAGUGUAGAGAAUGACGAUGAAGCUGAGGACCGCGGAGAGAUCAGAAUACCGCCGCACGAGUAUCUAGCGAGGACCAGAGGGGCUUCCUUCUCCGUGCAAGAAGGGAUUGGGAGGACUCUCAAAGGCAGGGACUUGCGCAGCGUCAGAAAUGCCAUUUGGAAGAAAGUUGGUUUUGAAGAUUAGGGAAAUCUAAAGACAUAUCAGAGUCAUUAGAUCGUAGUAGUAACGUACAUACACGGAUUCUAUUCCAUGAGUUUUGGCUG